GGCUCACCCACUCCUACAAGGUCUCUCAGACAACAUGAACCGAGACUAUGCCAUCGAGAAGCAAUUUCUCACCAGAUCUUAUGAUUCAUCUUCUGAAAUAGAGCUGCUCUUAGAGGAUAGAUACUCUAUUACAGGUGGUCAAAAACCGUUCAUGGUAUUUGGCAAGCCUGAGAAACAAGCACCUAUAAAGCUAGAAGAUAAUAAUACCAUCCCAAUUACCAAAGAACGAAAAUAUAAUACCAGAACAGAACUCAAGAAUUACUUUCAACAGACCUUGGCUAACCAGAAGCGACUCAUUAAGAAAAUUCAAGCAUAUAACAGAUCAAAAUCCGAAAAGCCAUUUCCUGUGAAAAAAAUGUUACAUCACUACAAGAUUCCUGAAUUCGAAGAUUUCAUUCCUUUGAAUACUUUAUGGCAAAAAUAUACACAAGAAUUAUUGUUUCCUCAGAAAAAUAUCCCACCAAUGAGCAUAGUACUUCCACGAUUAAGCAGUGCAGACCUUAAUGGCUGUCUUUUGACAGUGCUUAAGUCCAAGAACCACAACUUGGUAGGAACCAGAGGAAUUGUGGUAUGCGAUACCCAACAUUCUUUCAUAAUAUGCGUACCUAGAAAUGAAGAUUCCAAAGAAUGGAAUGAAAACAAGCAAGAGUUCAGUCCCCUGGAAAUGAUGGGAGGAAUCAGGGUGGUGUUGAAAAAGGGAUCACUCUUCGGAUUUGAUGUGGUGUUACCGGGAAGUGAAGAAGAAUGCAUUGGUUUCACCAUAAUAGGCUCGAGGUUUGAGUUCAGAACUAGCGAUAGAAGUGGGAAAAAAUUUAAGAAUCAUAACGUAGAUGAUUUAUAGAUUAAAAAUUAGCAUUGGCAUUUUAUGGAACUUUAAUGU